GAUGUCAAAAUUUGGAAUUUGGCGUGGAGAUCAAUCUUCUGGAUAGUCAUUUCAAUCCAAAAUGCAUUUGGGCCAAAAUUUGGGUUGGGUUGGUUUGGGUUGAAGGCUAAUUACGGAUAUGUAAUAUUUUGUAUCGUCGUAAAACGGCACCACUUCAUCAGCAGCAGCAGCAGCAACGUUCGGCAAGCAGCCGUCGGCGGCAACCAAGGCAUCAUAAGAAUCAGAAGGGGGCUGGUUGGAGAAUUUCUCUGCUAUGAUAUAAUUUCCGUUGUAUCAAUUCCUCUCAAGAUUUUAACUUUCGGGGCCUCACGCAUAUUUCUUCAAUUCCUAGGAAAGUUGAUGUGAAUGGCGAUUCCACACUUGCAUUUUGUGCAAUCUGUGAGAGUUUCUUCCCCGUGCCGCAUUUCCUUUCCUAACCAGUAUCAUUAUGGUAGAAGCAAUUUCAGUAGAAAGAGCAGUUCUCUUGUUUAUGCUUCCACCCACAACUUUGACAGGGACCUCCAUCUUCAAUCAAAGGUUGAAACAGUGUUAGACAAUGUAAAAUGGGAUGACAAAGGUUUAGCGGUGGCCAUAGCUCAAAACGUUGACACAGGAGCCAUCUUGAUGCAAGGCUUUGCUAACAGGGAGGCAGUGGCCAUGACAGUUUCCUCACGGAAGGCUACAUUCUACAGUCGGUCGCGAUCAACCUUGUGGACAAAGGGAGUGACCUCCAAUAAUUUCAUUAAUGUCCAGGAAAUCUUCCUUGAUUGUGACCGAGACUCCAUAAUAUACCUUGGGAAGCCUGAUGGACCUACCUGCCACACAGGGUCAGAGACGUGCUAUUAUACACCAGUGCUUGAUUUCUUGGAACAUCGACAGGACGAAGAACAUAAAUUAGCUUUGACCACUUUGUACUCAUUAGAGUCGACAAUUGCCAAGCGAAAAGAAGAAUUAGAAGUUCCAGAUGGAAAGCCCUCGUGGACUUGCCGUCUACUAUCUGAUGAGAAGCUGUUGUGCUCGAAAAUCAGGGAAGAGGCGGAUGAGCUAUGCCAAACACUGGAGGAAAACGAAGAUAGGCUGCGUGCUGCCUCGGAGAUGGCAGAUGUGCUUUAUCAUGGCAUGGCUCUGCUGGCCCGUAAAGGCGUGAAAAUGGAAGAGGUUUUGGAAAUUCUUCGGCGUAGGUUUUCCCAGUCGGGUAUCGAGGAAAAGAGAAACCGCAAGUCAUAAGCCUAGACACGGGCAGCUCAGUCUGUCAAGUUUAAAUGAUUUGCUUUGAUCACCUCUUAUGUUUUAUCGUUUUAUUCACCAUAUACUAUAGUCUUAAUUUGUACAAGGAGUAUUUCUUAACCUAAUUUGCAGCUAAUUUCAGUAGUGUGUGUGA